UUGGAUGAACAGGGGAGAUUGUCGGUGAUGGACAAUGAGCAGCCGCAUCAGGAACUGGUCAAGUGCGUGGUCGUGGGCGACACCGCAGUUGGAAAGACCAGACUGAUCUGCGCGAGAGCCUGCAACAAACACGUGUCUCUCUCGCAACUGUUGACGACUCACGUGCCCACCGUCUGGGCGAUCGACCAGUAUAGAAUCUACAAGGAUGUCUUAGAACGAUCCUGGGAGGUAGUCGACAACGUGAACGUUUCUCUUCGUCUCUGGGAUACGUUUGGCGACCACGAGAAGGACCGACGUUUCGCAUACGGAAGAUCAGACGUAGUGUUGCUAUGUUUCUCCAUAACGAAUCCCGUUUCCCUGCGGAACUGCAAAGCGAUGUGGUAUCCGGAGAUAAGAAGAUUCUGCCCUCAGACACCGGUAUUGCUGGUGGGAUGCAAGAACGACCUGCGGUACAUGUAUCGAGACGAAACUUAUCUCAGCUAUUUUCGAGAUCGCAGUCCAUUCGUGAGGGCGACGAGGAAGAGCGAUCUGGUGAUGCCUGAUCAGGCUCGCGCCGUAGCGCGUGAACUCGGUGUAUGCUACUACGAGACCAGCGUCUUCACCUAUUACGGGGUCAACGAAGUCUUCGAGAACUCGAUCCGUGCUGCUCUGAUCGCUCGUCGCCAACAACGAUUCUGGAUGACGAACCUGAAGAGGGUGCAGAGACCUUUGCUGCAGGCACCGUUCUGUCCACCGAAACCAGUCCCACCGGAAGUAUGUCUCGCGGUAAGCACCUACGAGGAGAACAUGAGGACAUUGUGGACGAAGCCGGUUCACACCGACGUGACUUUGAUAGCCGGUAAUUGCACGUUCUCGGCUCAUCGGUGUCUUCUAGCUGCCGCAUCGCCGGCGUUCCAUCGACUCUUCUCCACGGAAUUGAUCCAGGAACAGACACCCAGAAGUUCCAGCGAAUCCAGCAUGGUGAGUACAUUUGGCGAAGCAACGGUGGGUGAUUUCAACGAGGACACCGAGUGCCUGAUACGUAUCGAUCAAUCAAAACCCACAAAAGUUUGGGAACAACUGAAGCGUCGCUCGAGCUUCCAAGUACUGCCCACGAUGGAUAACCAGAGGAAAUCAAACGGUGCGACCAGGGAACUCAAUCAUCCUGCCUUUCAGAACAUCCGUGUGUGCCUGACAGAGAAUACGAACGGAAUGCAACAACCAACUACCGUGGUGACGCUGUCCAAGUUAAUCACGCCACAGGCAAUGCAGCAAUGCCUGCAGUUCAUUUACACGGGCAGUUUGGAUAAACGGUAUCAUGAUCUACAAGAAAUCAGGCAAGCAGCCGAAUUCUUGGAGCUUCCGCAGUUACUGAUGGUACUUGGAAGUAUCCAGACAAGAGAACAGUUCAACAGUGACCUCAAUAAUCGGUACAAGCAGGUAGUGAGGCAGCGACUUGAAGAUAUUUGCCUGGAACACGGACUGUUCGCCGAUGUGGUGUUCGAGUUGGACGAUGGAAGCGUGCCAGCCCACAAGGCGAUUCUUACUGCCCGAUGCGACGUUAUGAAGGCGAUGUUCUCUGGCGAUUUCCGCGAAAGUAGCGCAAAAGUGAUAGUGUUUCCUGGAGUACGCGAGUACACGUUCCACAAACUGCUCUGCUAUCUGUACACGGACGAGGUGCCAGCAAUUUCCUCUGCCAGAUGCUUGAAUCUACUUGAACUGGCGAAUCGCCUCUGUUUGCAACGACUGGUUAACCUGGUCGAGAGCAGGGUAAUCGAAGAUCUCGAGAGGCUGUCGCAGAACGAGGGAAACGAGGCUGUGGAGAAUUGCUUGAGGCUACUGGAGCCGUGCAAGUUACACAACGCUGAUCAACUGGCAGAUUGGUGCAUGAACCAUCUGUGCGUGAAUUACAAUAAACUGUGUAAGAUGUCCCCCCGGAGUGUCCGUCUUCUUCAUCCGGAGAACCAGGAGUAUCUGAACGAGCAUCGGUGGCCUCCAGUAUGGUAUUUAAAAGACUACGAUUAUUACCAAAAAUGUUUGGCGGAACGGGACCGCGAGAACAAACCGACGUUGAAGAGGAAUCGCAAUCAGUCCGGAUGUCUGUGCUUCUCUGGCUCUAGCAAGACGAGAAGAGAAGGUUCCAGCAACGGUAGCGGCACAGCAUCGUCGGCGAACAACGAUCCACAAGCUGAACGACCUCUGUUCGAUUCAUCCAUAGAAUCUGGUGACCAGGUUGUAUGACAAGAGCCAAGCGGCAUACGCCGCUCGGUCAGAUUCAUUCUGGUCCUACCUGUGCUCAUGGUCUUCAUAUGCACCAUUUUUACUAUUUUGAUACUGCUACAGAUUUAUACUUAAGGAAAGGUAUACGCUGACAAGACAAUGAUCUAAUGCACAUACAAGGUAUACACCUGUUACUAAAGUGUACCACGAUGAAGCCUGUGUGUACUUGAAACAGGCUUCGGGUUCUUUAUCCAUUUUUCUCGUAUGCAACAGGGCUGAGAGUCUCACCCUUGAUGCAUAUUUCUUUCUUUUUUCUUCCCUAAAAAGAUACGCUCGAUUAAAGCGUAGAUUUUUUUAACAUCGAUACACGGUGAGGCUAUAUUUUUUUUCUAUGCGAACACAGUUCCAACGAAGGUAAUACCGACACUGUGCUCCCGUUAAGCGAACUUAUCGUUGAUACUUGUACGUUGUCGAGCUGCUGUAAUCCUUUUUAAAGUAACUUCCUAACGGACGUCCAUCGUUUUUAAAGAAAAACAAGCUGGUGCCUUUUGUUGAUAACUCGUCGUUACCCACUAGACAGACUAUCAAGCGUAACAUUGACCAUCUGAAAGAGAGGUUUCAACAUCUUUUCCUCGUGUGUAACGCAAGAGAAAAAGACGAGUUACGAUGCCGAUUUCGACGGUAUGCUUUCUUCGGAAUACCUUGCAUUUGAUUGUCCGUUGACACUGACAAUGGAAAUAUUUUUAAUUGUUCGUCUACUUUGAUCACGUGAAAUAUAUACAGAUUACUUCGGUUACUGUUCAGAAUAUUCAGGCUUUCAUGGUUAAUAGUGUUUUAAAACAAUGUUUCAAUGUUUCGAAAGUAUUGAAAACAUUCAAGAGCUUCAGACAUUAUUAACCAUUUUGAUAAUUAUUGUUACCUUUUUCUUUUUCCUUCUCUCUAUAAUUCUAAUUUUGCAAACUAUUAUACGAAGUAAAAAAGGGAUAUAGAAAAGGUGACAAAACAUUGAAAUCAGAACGAGCCACUGAAGCAAAAAAUUUCUCCAACAGACGAUAACGAUCGGCGUAAUUCUAUCGAUGCGUGUUAGACUGAAGAAAACGAGCAAUAGCUUUAGUUCAUAGUAAAGCGUAAAGUAUUAAGCGGUAUAUAUAUAUAAUUAUUUAAGGAUAUAAGACAGCGUACGUGAACCUCUCUCGAGCCGUAAACUAUUAUUACACAAAUCAACGCGAAUUUUUACAUCGUUUAUAAGAUUAUUCGACAACGUAUCCUCCACUCCAUCUAUUCGGUUUUCCUUCGACGAGUAAGGUUACAGCUUCUUCGAAUCGUUAGAAGACUUUCUCGUAUUUGUACUGUUUUUCUAAUCACCUACGGUUUAAGCGAAUUAUCCUCGUCGAUUGUCGAUUACCUUCGAACGAAAAAAAGGGAACGUGCAGUUCGAUCGACGCAGGCAGAGAUCGUCCAAUACAUAACUGCAACAUAUCGAUCACGGUAAUGGGUUACUGCUAGAAUUACUGUUCGCGACUACAUCGGUAAGAAUAAUUAAUAACUAGAUAAAAGGAGAGCGGGAGAGAAUCGAUUAUGUUUGUAAGAAAUAUACAUCAGGUGUAUCUAAUGUUCAUAGGAUAUAGAAUGAAGUUAUAUCAGAUAUAUUUCAAUAUAAGAGCGAAUCCUUGGGUACCUUGUAUAUUUUCUGAACAAUUUCAUACUUUUUAAAUGCACAAAUUACCGGUCCUCGUGCGUCGAAGAAGCGUAACCUUUUUGUAAUCCCAUUGUGAUCGGUUCAACUACAUGUAACAUUAGUGGUCGUUAUUGUAGACCUCUUGAUAUUCUUUAGUAGUCGAUUAUCAAAAAUAUUAUCGUUACUCAUACCGUACAUUAUUGCAUGUUAAAAGUAUACUUGGAAGGAUUGAACGAAUGAAACGAUUUGAGAGAAAGAGAUGAAAAAUAAAGAAAACAUGCGGUGAACGACUGAAAGAAGCGACGUAUGUGUUUUGACAUCCAUAAUUCUAGAUUUUAUAUUUUGUGUAUACAAUGAACAUUCGUUUUUUCACGAGCUUUCAAAUAAUUUGUAAUAUUUCGAGCUGUUUAAAAUGUUAUUCGAAUUGAACGUAAGUUCAACAUUGUAUCAAAUAUUCAGGAUAAUUCGAUCGCUACAUUUAGAUACGCGUCAAAUAAUUGAACAUAUAGAAUGAACGCAUACACAGUCACAAAAAAAAAAAAGCGUUACUGCCCACUAUGCAGGAAGUUCUGUUACGAAAACGACGUAUGCCAAAGAGUGUUUGUUCCGGUGAGGGUAAGAAUAACGUCCCACUUGUACGCUACGUCAAUUUCAAUGUCAAUGUUAUUCUUCGUCGCUCUUAAAUGUAUAUUUUAUACUGAAAUUGGUAAUCAUAGAAUUAAGGAUACAACCGUAUAUGCGGUUACAGAUAUGGAACGAUAUGGGGCAUAAAUUUUCGCACGUAUUUUAAUCGAAGUUAUCUUGUGACGCGUAAAAAAAAAAGUUAAGUUCAAUACUUAUUCAAGGCAUUUGCGAGCGCUUAGAGUUCAACACUUAUAAGUAUAAAUAUUUCAUAAUUAACAUUAUAUUUAUUACAAAGAUAACUUAAAUUCAUACGUAGAAGUACUUUUUAUCCUUAUAUUUCAAGAAUUCCACGACUAUUCGGGGUAUUUACGUCCAUCUUAUGUUUCUUCACUUUAAAUUGAAUGUUUUAGCUUCCCGCGCUCGCAAAGCCGUUGGUCCUGACCCCCUGAGGUAUCGUUGCGACAUAUGUUUUGUAACGAUAACCAGAUCGAUCAAUUUAAUUGAUUUAUAAUCAACGCGAUGGAAAAUAUUAUGGUCGUAUGCUAAAGUUUAAGCAUAAACAUCAAUUAAUAAAUAAUAAAAUUACAUGAACA